AUGUUCUGGAUGGAGCUUCAAAACCACUUCCUCUCCAACCACCAUGCAAUGCCAAUCACCACCGCAUCAAUUCAUGCGCGUCGCGAAUCUCUUCAUUUGACUCAUUACUAA